CAGUGGUUUAACGUUACUUUUGACAGUGGUGUCAUGGUUAAAUCUGUCACAGGGACUACAUUGGUAUCCAUCUUCUGUAUGUGUAUCCCCUCCCACAGAGUUUUCAGCUUUAGAUACCCAUAUCAUGAAUUUAAAUGUACUAAAAAUCCAUUUGUUUUUCUUGGUUGCCUGCUGCAGGCUCCCCUGAGUUUUGCACUCGUGCAUUGAUUCGACACAGAGCCUUUACAAACACUGCUCUACCAGAAUAGUCAUAUAGUCACAUCUAAAUUCUGAUCUUUCAAGAGAGGGCUAGAAAAAGAUGAAGAUGACAAAGAGCCAUCCCUUAGUUUAACUUUCUUGCUUCUGGCAGAUGGUGAUUUAGUGCCUUACUGGGCCAGGGUUUGCAUCCGUAUCGCAUUUGCUAAUCACCGAUGAACCUAAUCUUCAAUAAUUUGUCUAAUCAAACAAAUUGGAGCUUUUGCUCUGUACCAUUCUCUGGCAAGUUCCACAAUGGAUGACGGAUUUUGGCAAUAUUGUGUCCAAGAGUUUUGCCUUUUUGGGAGCCUUAUGGUUGAUUUGUUCUGCAGGCAGAGGUGUCUUACCAGCAGCACUGUAGGUCCAGGGAAAUCUGAAGGUGCAGAAAUGCUCUGUCCACAGCAUGGGAGUAUCACAGCACUGUGUCUGCAGCAAAGACUUCUCUCACACGGCCUCCUCCAUCACUCAUUCACCCUGCAGCUUCAGCAACUGGUGAGUAAGCAUCUGUUACUGCCUCUUGCACAUUUCUCCACUACAUCAGUCUGAAGGACACUUUCCUGGACCUUUCAGAGAGAAAAAGAAAACAAAACAAAAACCCCAUACCUUGAAACAGAGAAGAAAUUGGCACUUUCUUCAGUGGGAUGAAGCAUGUAAGGCAUUUCACCCCCUCCUUAUUUCUCAGUUUGGUGCACGUUUGUCUCGUUCAGGCAAAUUAUGCCCCCUAUUUCUUUGAUAAUGGAGCCAGAAGCACAAAUGGGAACAUGGCACUUCUCAGCCUUUCGGAGGACACCCCUGUUGGUACCCAUAUAUACACUCUUAAUGGAACUGAUCCAGAAGGAGAUCCUGUGACGUACAGCCUGGCCUAUGAAGCUGGAUCAAGACGCUACUUUUCUGUUGACAGGAACCUUGGAAAUGUUACACUGAUUGAGGAGCUUGACAGAGAGAAGGAAGAUGAGAUUGAAGUUAUUGUCAGUAUUUCAGAUGGCCUGAGUACAGUAUCUGAAAAAGUCAGGAUCCUUGUAAUGGAUGCUAAUGAUGAGAGCCCAGAGUUCAUCAAUACACCUUACAUAGUCCAGGUCCCAGAGAACACUCCCUCUGGCAGCAGUAUUUUAAAGACUGAGGCAGUGGACAAAGACACAGGCUCUGGAGGAAGUAUCACCUACUUCUUGCAGAACAUCCAUGCUAAUAAGUUUACAAUAGACCGUCACAGUGGUGUCCUGCGCAUCAAAACAGGGGUCACCCUGGACUAUGAGAAAUCACGAACACAUUUUAUUGUUGUCGUAGCCAAGGAUGGUGGUGGGAAACUCCGGGGAGACAACAAAGUCUUUUCAGCCACAACAACAGUUACUGUCAAUGUGGAGGACGUUCAGGACACUCCUCCCAUGUUCAUUGGGACUCCCUACUAUGGAUACGUUUAUGAGGAUACACUCGCAGGCUCUGAAGUCCUUACUGUUGUUGCUCUUGAUGGAGACAGAGGAAAACCUAACAGUAUUCACUACAGCAUUGUGAAUGGAAGUGAAAGUUCCUUUGAAAUCGACAACACAACUGGAGCCAUUUCUGUUGUAAAAAGCCCAAAUCAGCUCAAGAAAGAAGUGUAUGAACUAAAAGUUCAGGCAUCAGAAGUCGGUCAGGAAGGUGACAUCUCAGCAUACACUUUUGCCAUGGUGACUAUUCGGGUGGUCGACCUCAACAACCAUCCACCAACGUUCUAUGGAGAAAAUGGUCCUCAGAACAAAUUUGAACUGACCAUGUAUGAGCAUCCCCCAGAGGGUGAAAUCCUGAGGGGAUUGAAGAUUACAGUCAAUGAUUCAGAUCAGGGAGCCAAUGCUAAAUUCAACCUCCGUCUUGUUGGACCUGGUGGCAUCUUCCGAGUGGUUCCUCAAACAGUCCUGAAUGAGGCCCAGGUUACAAUAAUAGUGGAAAAUUCUGCUGCUAUUGACUAUGAGAAAUUCAAGGUGUUAACCUUCAAGCUUCUUGCAAUAGAGGUGAACACACCGGAGAAAUUCAGCUCAACAGCUGAUGUAGUGAUACGCCUGCUGGAUACCAAUGACAAUGUCCCAAAAUUCUCUUCUGACUACUACAUUGCUAGGAUCCCUGAGAACUCCCCAGGGGGCUCAAACGUAGUUGCUGUUACAGCUACAGAUCCAGAUUCAGGGCUUUGGGGAGAAGUCAAGUACUCCAUCUACGGAACAGGAGCAGAUCUGUUCCUAAUCCACCCAUCAACGGGUAUAAUUUAUACCCAGCCCUGGGCUGUAUUAGAUGCUGAAGUGAACUCAAAGUAUAAUUUCUAUGUGAAGGCAGAGGACACAGAUGGGAAAUACAGCUUGGCUGAAGUGUUUAUCACUGUGCUAGAUGUCAAUGACCACUCUCCAGAGUUCAAUGAAAACAUCCAGGAAAAGACAAUGAUCAUUGGGUCACCAGUGAAGAUAGAGGCUAUAGAUCAAGAUGCAGAAGAACCCAACAACAUUGUGGAUUAUUCCAUCAUGCAAGCAGAUCCAGCCAAUGUGUUUGAUAUAGACCAAAGCACUGGGGAAAUCAAACUGAAAUCCUAUAUCCGUUCCCUGGACAUCAUCCACAAUAUCACAAAGAACAAAGACUGCAUAUGGUCAGUGGUGGUGCAGGCCAAAGAUCGAGGCUCCCCAUCCUUCAGUACCACAGCAGUCCUGAAGAUUGAUAUCACAGAGGAGACUCUUCACAAAGGGCCUAUGGCCGCCUUUUUGAUGCAAACUAAAGAUAACCCCAUGAAAGCCUUAGGAGUGCUAGCUGGUGUCAUGGGCAUAAUGGUGCUGAUAACUAUCAUGAUCUCUACUGCCAUGUUCUGGCGCAACAAGCGGUCCAACAAAAUCAUGCCGGUAAGACGGAUCAUAAAAAAGAGACAGACCCCACAGCCCCGGACAAUGAGGAUGGAAUGGCUGAAAUUCAAGAGGCCCAGCAACACUGCAGAGAAGUUUGUUGUUGAGGAUGAUGCCAAAGAUCUGCACAACGAGAACAGCAACAACAACAUCCAGGUUGCCCCUGUGCCGCCGACCGCUCCCUUGCCUCCGCCGCCCCCCACUGUGGCUCCCAGGGGUGAUGCCUCAGGGUGGCGAGUGCCAACUGUGUCUGGCUCCCUCACUCCCAAGUUUAUAAACAAGCAGGUGAAGAAGAGAGGUCAUGGCAGUGCCCACAGUGCCCUUGUGUCAGAGCUCAAAAUGAGGUUUGAGAAGAGGAACGCAGCUAUGGGUGAGCCCCACAUCUAGGUGCUCUUGGCAGCCCCCAGUGACUGCAGAUUGUGGCUGUGCGUGGAUAUAUUUACGUGCUGUGGUUUUCCCUGUGUCUGUCAGCAUUCCAUGAGCUGAGAGCAGCUUUGUGCUGGAAUAGACACCCCUAACCUUCUGCAAGUAUUACAUGCUACAGAGUCACCCCACCUAUAGCAUAGCUGCGGUCAUUGUCCAGUUGCAGCUGCAGUUCUUUUAGCUUGUGUCCCAGUGCUGGUCCUUCCCAACAGCUGUCUGAACAGGGUACUGAGUAGCUUCACGCCAGCCACAGUUUCCCCAAGUGAACAGGGAUUCAGGUUGCCCCCAUUUUGGUGGUUCCUACGCAGAGUCCAAGUUUUCAAACAAGGAAUUCUGCAGCCAAGGCCCUGGAGGAUGCCAAUUCUGACCUGGACUUGUAGGUGUGUCUGAGGUGUCCAAAAACCCAUCAUGUUCAAUCCCAGACUCACUUUUGAAGACACUGGCCUGGCUGUAGUGCC